CUGCGCAGGUUUGCCCCUUCUGCGAAUGGACCACUGGAGGGGUUCAAAGGUUCGCGUCCCAAUACGGGAAUGAGCCUCUUUGAUCUCUUCCGGGGCUUUUUCGGCUUUCCUGGACCUCGGAGCCACAGAGAUCCCUUUUUUGGAGGGAUGACUCGAGAUGAAGAUGAUGAUGAGGAAGAAGAGGAAGAAGGGGGUUCAUGGGGCCGUGGGAACCCAAGGUUCCAUAGUCCUCAGCACCCCCCUGAGGAAUUUGGCUUCGGCUUCAGCUUCAGCCCAGGAGGAGGGAUACGUUUCCACGAUAACUUCGGCUUUGAUGACCUAGUACGAGAUUUCAAUAGCAUCUUCAGCGAUAUGGGGGCCUGGACCUUGCCUUCCCAUCCUCCUGAACUCCCAGGUCCUGAGUCAGAGACACCUGGUGAGAGACUGCGGGAGGGACAGACACUUCGGGACUCAAUGCUUAAGUAUCCAGAUAGUCACCAGCCCAGGAUCUUUGGGGGGGUCUUGGAGAGUGAUGGAAGAAGUGAAUCCCCCAAACCAGCACCAGACUGGGGCUCCCAGAGACCAUUUCAUAGUUUUGAUGACAUAUGGCCUGUGGACCCCCAUCCUAGAACCAGAGAGGACAAUGAUCUUGAUUCCCAGGUUUCCCAGGAGGGUCUUGGCCCGGUUCUACAGCCCCAGCCCAAAUCCUAUUUCAAGAGCAUCUCUGUAACCAAGAUCACUAAACCAGAUGGGAUAGUGGAGGAGCGCCGGACUGUGGUGGACAGUGAGGGCCGGACAGAGACUACAGUAACCCGACACGAAGCAGAGAGCAGUCCUAGGGGUGAUCCAGAAUCACCAAGACCUCCAGCCCUGGAUGAUGCCUUCUCCAUCCUGGACUUAUUCCUAGGACGUUGGUUCCGGUCCCGGUAGCCUUGUUAACCCUCAGAGGCCUUCAAAGUCCUUUCCACCUUUCACCCAUUGCCCACCAUUAAUAAGCUUAGCUUCUCCUCUUGCCACCUCAGGGGCUUGGAUAUGUGGAAUAGUGAAUUGGGGGCAUGUCAGUUUGUCACUCACCCAAACUGACCAAUAA